GACGCCCUAUCUCGCUCAUAGCCAAAACGUAGGUCUCUCAUAGUUCAUAUGCACCGAAGUCCUCAGCUUCAUAGAUACAAAGACGCAAUAUUGUUGUAUUUUUGUUCGUUGAAUCUUGGGCCAGAUAUAUAAGCUGCUUAUUUGAAACAAUAAAUAUCAUCCAAUAAAGUCUUUUGAUUGCUUACUUUCAUGCUGAUAAUGUUGAAUUAAUUCAUCAAAGCUGUUUAAUUCACUGCUGAUUUCAACGACAGUCAUACUUUUUGGAAACAUAACUUCUAGUUAUUCUAAUUUAAAAAAUUAUCAUGAAUCCUACUGAUCAACUCAAUUUGAAAAUUGGUUUAGAUGGUAUUAGUUGUACUGAUUUCGCAACUGUAAAUGAUAAAACAAUACUUGCAAUUGGAACAUGUAAUGGAAGAAUUCGCAUAUUUGAUUAUAUGAAUCCAAUAAAAGCAUUGAUUCAAAAACGUUGGCAUAAAACUAUACGAUGUUUAUCAUUUUUCCCGAAAACUCCAAAUUUAUUAGUAUCCGCUUCUAGUCAAAGUGGUUUAAAAAUACAUGAUAUCAUUUCAGAAAAACAAACAUGGUGUUGUUUUCAAGCUCAUGAAAAAUCACCAAUAUCUAGUGUUUUAAUUUUAGAACAUGGACAAUGGGUUACAGGUGAUGAAAAUGGAAUUAUCAAAAUAUGGGAUGCACGGAAAUCCGGUUCAGUUUCAGUGAUGACUCCAAAUGUUGAAAAUAAAUUUGAUGAUUUUUUCAAUUCUAUCAAUGAAAUGACUGUCUCUUCAAAUGAUUCUCAUGGAACAUUGUUAGCUGCUAUUGAUGAUGGAACUUUAGCUGUGUAUAAUAUAAGACGUCGACGUUUUGAAAUGUCUUCAGAAACACUUGGAUUUAGUGCACGUACUUUAACAGUUGUUAAAAAUAAUACCAAAGUUCUUGUCGGUACUGAUGAAGGUGUAAUUUCUGUAUUUAAUUGGAAUGAAUUUGGCAAUAUAUGCGAUCGUUUCCCUAUACAUCCACUUCGACCAUCAAAACAAGGUCAAGCGAGAACAGCGGUUUCCGGUGGAAAUUCUGUAGAGAAAAUCAUUAAAAUUACCGAAGAUAUUGUUGCAGUCGGUACGGAUGAUGGAGUUAUAAGUGCUAUGCAUAUUCUACCGAAUCGUUUACUUGGCUGUAUUGGAUGUCAUAUAGACACAAUGAAAGAUAAUAACAUAAGUGGAGCAGAUUGUUUAAGCCUGUCUAUUGAUCCAAUGAAAAAUAUCAUUGCAUCAUCAUGUCCUACUAGUGGAUCAAUUAAAUUUUGGAAUACAUCGAAAUUUAUUGAACAUGCUAAACAUGUCACUGUAGAACUUCGAUUACCGAAACAUCAACGUAAACUGUCAACUACUAAAUUGAAAGGUGUCAAAUCACGUCGUCUAUGUUUAACUAAUAUCAAUGAACGUAUGGAAUAUCUGGAUGGUUUAUUACCACCUGAAAAGAAAAGUACGCUGUCUUCGUCAUCAGCAUCAUCAUCAUCAUUAAAUAGUGACUCAGAAAAUUCUCUAUCAUCUAAUGACAAUUCAUCUGAUGAUAAUGAAGUGUAAUUUGUAAAAUUAUUUGUUCAAAUUAUUCAAUUUCCAUGUGUAUAUAAUAUAUUUUUGUAAAAGAAUACAACAUGAUAUACAUUGUAAGCUUUGUUUUGUUGUUGAAACUACUUUCUGUGUUUACGCUACUUUUGUACUUUUCUAUGUAAGGG